AAAGGGUUUUCUGGUUUAUUUACAUUUAUAAAUAGAAACCUCUCAACCCUUCUUUGCUUCCAUUUUCUGCAUCUCUUCUGGUCAGAGAUUUGCAGCUAAAAGGAAAAACAAAGAGAAUUAGGAAGCAUGGUGUACCCCAAUGAAUCCCUUGAAAACUCUCCCCAGAAGAAAAUGGGGAGAGGAAAGAUCGAGAUCAAGCGGAUCGAAAACACGACGAACCGCCAAGUUACCUUUUGUAAGAGGCGCAAUGGUUUGCUCAAAAAGGCUUAUGAGCUAUCGGUUCUUUGUGAUGCUGAGGUUGCUUUGAUUGUCUUCUCUAGCCGUGGUCGACUCUAUGAGUAUGCUAACAAUAGUGUUAAAGCAACAAUUGAGAGGUAUAAAAAGGCUUCUGAUUCCUCCAAUACUGGAUCAGUUGCUGAAGUUAAUGCUCAGUUCUAUCAGCAAGAAGCUGACAAACUCCGAAAUCAAAUCCGGAAUUUGCAGAAUGCAAACAGGCAUAUGCUGGGAGAGUCCAUAGGGGGAUUGCCUAUGAAAGAGCUUAAGAGCUUGGAGAGUCGUUUAGAAAAAGGAAUUAGCAGAAUCCGUUCCAAAAAGAAUGAGCUGUUGUUUGCUGAAAUUGAGUAUAUGCAGAAAAGGGAAAUUGACUUGCAUAACAAUAACCAACUUCUUCGAGCCAAGAUAGCUGAGAACGAGAGGAAGCAGCAGAGCAUGAAUUUGAUGCCCGGAGGUUCAAGUGCUAACUUCGAGGCUCUACAUUCUCAGCCAUAUGACUCUCGGAACUACUUCCAAGUCGAUGCUUUACAACCCGCCACCAAUUAUUAUAACCCUCAGCAGCAGCAAGACCAGAUAGCUCUUCAACUAGUCUAAUGUUGUGGGGGCGUGCAUGGUUCAUUGCCGCUGUUUCAGUUUUAGUGAAGAACAUCUUAGCAUUGUGUCAGAUGAAAGCUACUAUAUAAGGCAGGAAUAUUAUGUUAACUUUCCUUAAAUGGAGGACCCUAGAUCUGAUCUUCUGCCAUGUUUAAGACGUGUAGAGUGUGUAAGAAUGAUAAGUUUUAUUUUCAGACAAGAAUGUCCUCUUCCAUAUGCUUAGAACAUGCAUUAAGAUUCUACAAGAUUAUCCCCCAUAAAUCAUGGCAUUUCCACUUACUAUCAAAUAUAUUAUAUACAUAUAUCUAGGAACUGAUUAAGCUUGUUAAGGUUGAUGUAAAAGGAAAAGGGGCUAAAUUUACUUUUGAUGUGGACUUGGAAAAUUAAAAUAUUCAUGUCUACUGCACCCCCUUUUCUAGCUUUUAGAUGAUGAAUUAAUUAAGUUAAUUAGAAUUAUCAAAGUAGAGAAUAUUAUUUUUAAUAAAUUAAGAACCAAUUUUGUGA